AUGCCCCCUCGUAUCCUUGUUGAUCCCAAUGCUCUCAUCUGUCCCGAUUACGCUUUAGACAUAUAUGCUGGGGCCCGCGAAUUAAUCGCGCCCGGAGCAGAAGUCGCGGAGGCGGCGCAACGCUUAGCCAACAUUUGGACAGCCGGGAACAACGUCGACAGGGGACUUUGGAACCAUCAGGUAGAAGCAGAUGCCAUCGCGGCAGCUGACGCCGAAGCGCUCCUUCAAGCACAGGCCGAGCAGCGACGCCUCGAAGCCGAGCAGCAGGCGGAGGAAGAGCAUCGUGAAAGCGAGAAAAAGAAGCCUAAGGCACCAGAUUUCGACGAGGAAGCAUCCAUCCCGAACCACCCAGUCCUCCGGCCGCACCCCUUCGCAGUCAACAAACUGCGCCUCUUCGAGUAUGUAGAACUUUGGUAUUUCACUCGAGAUGGUUGCCUAGAUGCUACCAACCACCUACGCACCAUCAACGACGACGCCUUUGGCCUCAUUAGAUCCGAGGAUGGCCUCGCCUUGAGGUCCCUUGCAGCCACGCGCCCGUCCAAGAAAGCCAUCCCCGAUGACGAUCUCUCUUGGUAUCAAAUGUCCACCGCCAAGUCGACAUACAUUGCGGAGAUCGAGCGUUUAAACUGGCCGUUGAAGCACCGCCAAGCCAUACAGGAGUUUUUCUACGCCCUAGACAUGCAUCCUUACAGGAAUGCGCACGAGUACGGGGACACCAUCCUCUUGCGUUACCAAGCCUCCUCGCGCCGCCUCUGGCACGAGCAACUCAAGAUCCCAGGAGGGUCUUUUAACUUGCGACACAUCAACGAAACCUUGUUGGACCGCAUCGCCACGACCUACUUAAACGAACUGAAGUUUGCAUCCGCCCAAAGGUCAGUCUUGAACCUCCUCCCCCCCCCCUUUCCGUCUCCAAGCACCCCGCAUUUCUCUUACCCUCCGUCCCUAACCCUGCACCACCCAUUCUCCUGCGUCCCCCGCUGCCUCGGUUUCCCUCCCCCCCCCCCUUACCGCGCUGCGUCCUGCGUUCCUCUCUCCCCCCCCCCCUGCGUUUUGCCCCUGCACCCCUCGCCGCGCGCCCUUUCCUCUCCUCUGCCCUCCACGUCACACCCCGUCCCGCGUGUCUACUCCCCGCUGCACUCUUGGCAGGUCAAAUGA